AUGACGGGGCGCAGGCGCAGGGCGUCUACGUCCAGCGUGGAAACCGUCGAUACCUCGCAAAUCCGCUGGCGUCAAGAGUCCUCUGUCGUGCGAUCCGUUCCAAAGGCCACCUCCUCCGACGACUGGCCCAUCUUCGAGCUCCAAGAUGCCAUCGUGCUGGAUAAAGACGGCGAAAAGAUCAAGAAUGCCCUUCACGCCGGCCAUGAAGGCCCAUUCAUUGUGAGGGGCAGCCUCAUCAUCGAUGAUCCCGCCCAGAGGACGCAUCUCAUUAUGAGAGUGCGCAGCGCCACCCCGCUCGAGAUUCGACGUUGCACAUCCUACUCUAUUGGAGAAUCGCCGGAUGGAAAACCGUUGAUAUGGGUUUCGGGCCAGGGCGGCUGGUACGAGAUCGAUCCAUGUCCUGCCUACAAGCCCAUGUAUAACAAAAUGUGCGAGGCAACAACCAUGUUUUACAACAUGCUUGACAUUUAUACAGAUGACCCGCCGAGGAAGACCAAAAAAGUGAAAAAUAGCGCCUUCACGGACGAGCUGGACCAAGUAUUUCACAAGUACGCCGCGCGCAUUGGUGAUGGCGCAACCCGGGAGGAAGUCCAUGAAAGGGCCGACGAACACAGUGCUUUCUUUAUCGAUCAAUUCUCACAAGAUGCGGACACUUGGAAGCCAACGGCCUUUUACAAGUAUAUAACCACGAAGCAUGUUGAGCUGGGUCACCGAAUCAGAGAGGCAAUGGAGAAGCUGCGUCUCCAGGUGCACUCAUCAGACGCAGAACACAGCUCCCGAGAAAAGGCCCGCUCCCGCUCCAUCAAGAGCAGCAGCGUCGAAGUCACCGACGAGAAGGCUGUCCAGGCAAGCCAAAGACCAAGACCAGCCUCAACCGCUCCCAAAACCACCGAGAAGCCUAGCCAAGAAGCCAUCCCAGCGCCAGUCCCCGUCAUGCCACUCUACGUCGCGGGCGGGCAGGACGACGCCGCCGACUCGCCAUUGGGCUCUGCCCUCGCUGCACUGGAAGAUGUAUAUAGCAGUACUGGCGCCAGCAAAACUGGCAUGACAUAUCGACAAACCCUCACCAAACUGUUCUUUAGCCGUUACUUCCCCACUUACAAAGACAGCCGCCCUGGCUCUUACAAACAGGGCGUCGAGGACGCCCUCCACUACUACUCCAAGGCUCUCGUUGAGACCCUGGACCCGAAAUACCACACUCACGAAAUAUUCAGCGUACUUCAGGAACUGGCCACGACCCCCUUCCAACCACGAGCAUACAAACCAUCCGACUUCCCCAUCAUUCUUGUCCCCCGUAAAUCACAACCUCGAAAGGGAACCGCCUCGCUACAACCUUCCAUCGACCCCAGCGGCAGCACCGAAGACCACCCUCAACACCAUUCUGCGGUGCCGGAAACUCCCAGGCCGCAAGGCAAACGUCCUACACGCACGCCCGGGAAAUCCGCCCUGCGCCCCGUAAAUCGCGCUCCGAAACGACCCCGCGAUGAAUUCGAAAGCGAUGAUGAUGGAUCCCCCGGCGCCAAACGCUCCCACUACUUCGCCGAAGACGACUCCAUGGACGGUGCCCCCGACCUCAACUCCCAGGAUGAAAACGACACGGACAACGAUGCCGGCGCCGACAGCAGGGAAGCAAAUUCCAAGUCCGGCAUAGAACUUAUCAAACUCGUCAUCAGGGCCGACCGGAUUCCCGAUUCCUCCCCCCGCGGUCCCCACGACAUGUGGACCUGCGACGAACAAGGAUGCGACUACAUAGUCCGAGGAGGCGACCAAGAAGAGUGCCAGCAGAGAAUCCAGCAGCACUUCAGGGACCACGAGAAGCAACUCGCACGGGUCAACCUCGCCGUGACGGAGGGCGCCCGCAACCACAUGCCCAUCAAGUACGCCUACUUCCCCCCGUUUCUAAUCCAAGUCUGCUUCGAUGCCCCCUUGCCACGUCACUCCUAUCCCGUACCCCCGCUACCUCUUCCUCCGCCCGCCCCGCCCCGUUCCCCGUCCUCCUUAUUCCCUCCCAUUGCAGCAGCAGCAGCAGCAGCGUCACAGGGCACGCCGGCAAGCACGCCAGUGUCCUCUGAUCUUAGUGGAUUAGCGAGGGGCCGUUUCCGCGCUCUAGUCGAGCGGUUUCGCAGAAACAACAACCCCCGCCGCGGCGCCGCGCGAUCGAAAAAGUAA